AAUUUGGGAUAACCUCUUUACACCUAUUCCACCUGUUAGUUCCAAUUGUAACAUGGUGAUUUUGUGGUCAAACGCCUUGAAUGAAAAAGAUGCUCGAGAAAUGCAUAAUGGCACGUGGAGACCAAAUCAUUUUGUUCCACUUAUGUUGCCAUCUAUUCGUAAUGAAUUUAAUAACGCCAGUCAGUCAGCGUCACUUGUCGUGACUCCUGAAAAGAAAACGUUUAAGAACAAUACUGUUACUCAAAUAAGGGUUCCUGAAUUUCAAUCUUCUGCUAGUAGACGCUUACGAAGUGGGGACAACGUCGGAAAUGACUCUGUUCAAUCAAAUAUUUCAGGUUCAAUACAAAAGGAAAAGAAUAAUAAAGAAGAAAGACGUCAGAUUCAACUUCAAAAAAAAAGAGAACGGAGUCGAUCCAGCCGAAUGAAUGAAACAGAAGAGCAACGGCAAAUCCGUCUUCAGAAGGAUAGAGAACGAAGUCACUCCAGUCGAAUAAAAAAAACAGAAGAACAGCGCCAAAAUCGUCUUCAGAAGGAUAGAGAACGAACCCAAUCAAAUCGAAAAAAUGAAUCACAAGAGCAACGUCAAAUUCGACUCGAACAGCAAAAGAAACGAAGUCAGGUGAAUAGAACUAAAAAGAAAUUCGACAAACAGAAGAACGAAAACACUGGUACUGGACAAGAUUCUAUUCGUUCACCUUGGCCUGAACCAAUUCCUCGUGAUUUAAAAGACACUCGUUUGCAACAAUUUUUAGAACAGAUGUCCAUGUCAAAAUUGGCUGCAAUUACUUGUGCAGUUUGUAAUAUUCGUACUCCAGAAAAAGAUUCGAAAAAAAUACCAAUUUCAAAAAUUCCUAAUAUUCAUUUACUUAAAGUUUCUGAAGAAGUUAAAACUUUAAUUAAAAAUUCAGGUGAAAAUACUGCCAUCUUCACGGAUGAUAAUAACAUACAGACAACAUCACAUAUUAAAAAACAUAUACCAAAGUUUUCAGCUGCUAAUAAUAUGUGGUUAGGUGAUAUACCUACUGAAUUACAGGGACUAACAAUUCCAGAAGAAAAAUUAAUCUCACUUUAUCGUCACAAUAGCUGUGUAAUAAAACUUCAGUCACCUUUUCAUUCAGCUACAACUGUUCAGACAGCAUUGAAAGGAAAUUGUAUUACUUUUCUUCAAAAUGUACCAAAUAUUGUCAAUAGUUUGCCACUUACACUUGCCGAUCUAUGUGAUACACUUAAAGUAAUUUUUAUUGGAGCUCGACCACCUGAUCGUCUUCAUCUUAAAUAA